GGGCGGCCAUGGAGGCGCGGCGGCUACGGGUGCAGGAGCUGCGGGACGAGCUGGGCCGCCGCGGCCUGGACACCCGCGGGCUCAAGGCCGAGCUGGCCGAGCGGUUGCAAGCGGCGCUGGACAGCGAAGGAGCUCAGCGGGGGGACGCGGUGGGCGCUGAGGACCGAUACGGCCUCGACAACCACAGCCAUGGGCCUCAGGGUGGCUACCAGGAGCAAGGGACUGGCUACCAGAGCCACCAGGGCCACCAGGGCCAGGAGCCCCAGGGCUACCAGGGCCACCAGGGCCAGGACCAUCAGGGCCACCAGGAGCCCCAGGGCUACCAACCCUACGAGGGUCACGAGCCCGAAGCCGAGCCGUGCUAUGAGAGGGGAGGUCUGGACCAGGAGCCCCCCGGGCUGCCCCCAGAGCUGAACUCGAAGCCGGACGAGCUGCCCCCCCCCACCUCAGUCCCCCCCACAAAUUACCCCGUGCCCCCUCCCCCCACGGGCCGCUCCCCGCAGCCGCCGGCCGAGGAGGAGGAGGAGGAUUUCGACGACUCCCUGGUGGCUGUGGACACCUAUAACUGUGACCUGCACUUCAAGGUGGCGCGGGACAGGUACGGGGGGCACCCGCUGACCAUCGAGGGCUUCGCCUACCUGUGGUCAGGGGCCAGGGCCACCUACGGCGUGCGGCAGGGCCGCGUCUGCUUCGAGAUGAAGGUGAUGGAGGAGAUCUCGGUGCAGCACCUGCCGUCCUCAGAGCCCGACCCCCACGUGGUGAGAGUGGGCUGGUCCCUGGACUCGUGCAGCACCCAGCUGGGGGAGGAGCCCUUCUCCUACGGCUACGGCGGCACCGGCCGCAAAUCCACCGACGCCAAAUUCCAGAGCUACGGAGAGACCUUCGGAGAGAGUGACGUCAUCGCCUGCCUGGCGGAUUUCGAGGCGGGCGAGGAGGUGGAGCUGUCGUUCCUCAAGAACGGGCGCUGGCAGGGCGUGGCGUUCCGCGUGCGCAAGGACGCGCUGGCCGGCCGGCCGCUCUUCCCGCACGUGCUGGUCAAGAACUGCGCCGUGGAGUUCAACUUCGGCCAGCGGCCGGAGCCCCUGCGGCCACUGCCCCCCGGCUUCACCCUCAUCCAGCACCUGCCCCUCGGACAGCGCCUGCGCGGCACCCGCGGGCCCAGCAGCAAGGCCGAGUGCGAGAUGCUGAUGAUGGUGGGGCUCCCGGCGGCGGGGAAGACAACGUGGGCGGUGAAACACGCGGCCGCCAACCCCGGCAAGAAGUACAACAUCCUGGGGACAAACGCCAUCAUGGACAAGAUGAGGGUGAUGGGGCUGCGGCGGCAGCGGAACUACGCGGGGCGCUGGGACGUGCUGAUCCAGCAGGCGACGCAGUGCCUGAACCGCCUGAUCCAGAUCGCCGCCCGCAAGCGCCGCAACUACAUCCUGGACCAGACCAACGUGUACGGCUCGGCGCAGCGGCGGAAGAUGCGUCCCUUCCAGGGCUUCCAGCGCAAGGCCAUCGUCAUCUGCCCCACGGACCAGGAGCUGCGCGAGCGCACCGUGCGGCGCACCGACGAGGAGGGCAAGGACGUGCCCGACCACGCCGUGCUCGAGAUGAAGGCCAACUUCACGCUGCCGGAGGCGGGCGAGUUCCUGGAGGCCGUGCAGUUCGUGGAGCUGCCGCGGGCCGAGGCGGCCGCGCUCGUGCGCCGCUACAACCGCGAGGGUCGCAGCGCCGAGCGGCGCCCGGAGCGCGGCCGCGGCACCGGGAGCUUCCCGGGAACGCGAGCGUUCCGUGGGGCCGGCAACGGCACCGGUGAGAGCCCCGAGACCGGAGGGGAACCGCGGGGUCCGGCUGGGGGGGCUCCCGCCUCGGGGGGGUUCCAGAGCCCUGGGGGGAGCCCCCCCAGCGCCGCCCCCUCCCCCACGGCCGCCUACGGACAGGGCCCGCAGAGCUACGGGCAGAGCUUCGCCCCUCCCCCCCCCGGGUACUUCGGGGGGGGCGGGGCCUUCCCCUCCCCCCAGCCCCUCCCCCAGCCCGGGCAGGGCCUCGGCCCCGGCUACGGCCCCUUCCAGAGCCCCCCGGGCUGGCAGCAGUUCUACCCCCAGGGCCCCCCCUGGCCCCCCUUCUUCGGCUCCUUCGACUCCGGCGGCUCCCAGUGA